CCGUGAAUUACUUUAGAAUUGAAUCUGAGCGGAAUACUGCUAACUCUCUAACCAAAUUACGCUGAAAGUCUACUGAGUGCAAGUGCACUGUCCUCUUACCUACCUUAGUACUUCUUACAAGACGUGUAUCCUUGUACAAAUAAGGGUUAUUAGGCUUUACGAGGUGCAUUUUCGCCUACCUUUCUGUGGAUUGCAAGCGAGCUGUCACUUUGGGGCGGGACGAAUGGGGAUGCGCCUCUAGGAAUAUUAGCGAGUUGGAUGGAUCAUUCGAGCCGAAUACAUGGCCAUGUAUAUAAGUUUUCCGGGAGGAGGCUGCUGUUGCAUGCCGUCCUACUCAUGGCAGUUUGGACAAACGUUAGGUGUGAUUUAAACGACGGCGACCGGCUGAGUGAUUUUAAGGCGACCUGUUCAAGCACCGUUGCGGAUAGCCUAUUUGCAACUUGGUACUUGGGCGGGGACCCUUGUGCGGAUGGCUUUGAACACAUCGCUUGCGACAGCAACAGCAGGGUCACCAGUUUGCAGAUCGACGGGCAGGACUUGUCAGGUUGCGUUGUUCCUACCUCGUGGAAUCCAUCCAACGGCUAUCCUGGCCUCGAGUAUAUGACCGCCUUCCAAGUCACAAACUGCCAAAACUUCGACGUCUCCCUCGACCUCGCUGUCCGAACGCAGUUGCGUGUGCUGGACCUCUCGAACACCUUGCCAACAGUUGCUGCGAACGACUUGCUUGACUACACGACGCUGACCGGCCUCGACACCAUGCGGCUGACCGGCUACGGAUAUGCUGGCAACAUCCCGUCUCAGUUCAGCGCCCUGACAAGUCUGACGGAGCUGCGGUUGGGUCAGAACCAGCUCACCGGGGGCAUACCCGAGUCCCUGAGCGCCCUGACCAGCCUAGAGAUACUGGAUGUAAGCGGCAACUCCGGCAUGUGCGGUGCCAUUCCCACUACCCUCAAGGCGUGCACGACGUUCGAUUACACCGGGACGAGCAUUGACCUGGAUUGUUUGGAUUGGACGACUCCGCUUGGAACGGCGGCCAGCCACACAGCUGCUUGCGGAGGGACCGUAGGAACGCCCCCACCGUCCCCCAGCCCGCCAUCGCCUAGCCCCUUGCCGCCUUCACCCAGCCCUCUUCCCCCUAGCCCAAUUCCACCCUCCCCCAGCCCUCUACCGCCCAGCCCGACACCGCCUUCACCUAGCCCGACUCCCCCUAGCCCGACUCCACCCUCAACCAGCCCAACACCGCCUUCACCCAGCCCGCUGCCUCCUAGCCCCACGCCCCCUUCGCCCAGCCCAUCCCCAGAGCCACCGAGUCCUUCUCCGGAUCCCCCUAGUCCUACACCGCCUUCACCCAGCCCGCUGCCUCCUAGCCCCACUCCCAACCCGUCACCGGAGCCUCCAAGCCCCUCCCCGGAUCCCCCUAGUCCUACACCGCCUUCACCCAGCCCGCUGCCUCCUAGCCCCACUCCCAACCCGUCACCGGAGCCUCCAAGCCCCUCCCCGGAUCCCCCUAGUCCUACACCGCCUUCACCCAGCCCGCUGCCUCCUAGCCCCACUCCCAUCCCGUCACCGGAGCCUCCAAGCCCCUCCCCGGAUCCCCUUAGUCCUACACCGCCUUCACCCAGCCCGCUGCCUCCUAGCCCCACUCCCAUCCCGUCACCGGAGCCUCCAAGCCCCUCCCCGGAUCCCCCUAGCCCCACACCACCCUCUCCUGAGCCGCCUAGCCCACCACCCUCACCGAGCCCCACGCCUUCUUCCUCGCAGCCACCAAGCCCCAUACCGCCUUCUCCUGAGCCGCCUAGCCCACCACCCUCACCCAGCCCCACGCCUUCUUCCUCGCAGCCACCAAGCCCCAUACCGCCUUCUCCUGAGCCGCCUAGCCCACCUACCUCACCCAGCCCCACGCCUUCUUCCUCGCAGCCACCAAGCCCCAUACCGCCGUCUUCUGAGCCGCCUAGCCCACCACCCUCACCCAGCCCCACGCCUUCUUCCUCGCAGCCACCAAGCCCCAUACCGCCUUCUCCUGAGCCGCCCAGCCCACCACCCUCACCCAGCCCCACGCCUUCUUCCUCGCAGCCACCAAGCCCCAUACCGCCGUCUUCUGAGCCGCCUAGCCCACCACCCUCACCCAGCCCCACGCCUUCUUCCUCGCAGCCACCAAGCCCCAUACCGCCUUCUCCUGAGCCGCCCAGCCCACCACCCUCACCCAGCCCCACGCCUUCUUCCUCGCAGCCACCAAGCCCCAUACCGCCGUCUUCUGAGCCGCCUAGCCCACCACCCUCACCCAGCCCCACGCCUUCUUCCUCGCAGCCACCAAGCCCCAUACCGCCUUCUCCUGAGCCGCCCAGCCCACCACCCUCACCCAGCCCCACGCCUUCUUCCUCGCAGCCACCAAGCCCCAUACCGCCGUCUUCUGAGCCGCCUAGCCCACCACCCUCACCCAGCCCCACGCCUUCUUCCUCGCAGCCACCAAGCCCCAUACCGCCUUCUCCUGAGCCGCCCAGCCCACCACCCUCACCCAGCCCCACGCCUUCUUCCUCGCAGCCACCAAGCCCCAUACCGCCGUCUUCUGAGCCGCCUAGCCCACCACCCUCACCCAGCCCCACGCCUUCUUCCUCGCAGCCACCAAGCCCCAUACCGCCUUCUCCUGAGCCGCCCAGCCCACCACCCUCACCCAGCCCCACGCCUUCUUCCUCGCAGCCACCAAGCCCCAUACCGCCGUCUUCUGAGCCGCCUAGCCCACCACCCUCACCCAGCCCCACGCCUUCUUCCUCGCAGCCACCAAGCCCCAUACCGCCUUCUCCUGAGCCGCCCAGCCCACCACCCUCACCCAGCCCCACGCCUUCUUCCUCGCAGACACCAAGCCCCAUACCGCCUUCUCCUGAGCCGCCUAGCCCACCACCCUCACCCAGCCCCACGCCUUCUUCCUCGCAGCCACCAAGCCCCAUACCGCCUUCUCCUGAGCCGCCUAGCCCACCGUCGCCAAGCCCCACGCCCCCUUCCUCUCAACCACCAAGCCCCACGCCUCCUUCCUCUCAACCACCAAGCCCCACGCCUCCCUCCUCUCAGCCACCAAGCCCCGUACCGCCUUCUUCUGAGCCGCCUAGCCCGCCGUCGCCAAGCCCCACGCCUCCUUCCUCUCAACCACCAAGCCCCACGCCCCCUUCCUCUCAACCACCAAGCCCCACGCCUCCCUCCUCUCAGCCACCAAGCCCCGUACCGCCUUCUUCUGAGCCGCCUAUCCCGCCGUCGCCAAGCCCCACGCCUCCUUCCUCUCAACCACCAAGCCCCACGCCUCCCUCCUCGCAGCCACCAAGCCCCAUAUCGCCUUCUCCUGAGCUGCCUAGCCCGCCGUCACCAAGCCCCACGCCUCCUUCCUCUCAACCACCAAGCCCCACGCCCCCUUCCUCUCAACCACCAAGCCCCACGCCCCCUUCCUCUCAACCACCAAGCCCCACGCCCCCUUCCUCUCAACCACCAAGCCUUACGCCUCCCUCUUCUCAGCCACCAAGCCCCGUACCGCCUUCUUCUGAGCCGCCUAGCCCGCCGUCACCAAGCCCCAUGCCUCCUUCCUCUCAACCACGGAGCCCCACGCCCCCUUCCUCUCAGCCACCAAGCCCCACGCCCCCUUCCUCUCAACCACCGCCAAGCCCUAAUGCGAACAGCCCAGUACCACCUUCCCAGCCGCCCAGUCCCCUUCCUCCCAGCCCGGUGCCGGCGUCACCCCAGCCGCCCAGUCCCCUUCCGCCGAGCCCCGUGCCAGCCUCCUCUCAGCCGCCCAGCACCAACCCACAAAACACCACAUCACCACCGCCCCCUUCAUCUCCUCCACCGUCCUCACAACCGCCAAGCCCUGUGCCCCCAAGCCCCACGUCAACGUCCCCUCAGCCCCCGAGCCCCCUACCGACGAUCCCAACACCACCACCGUCUACCCAGCCCCCCAGCCCUGUACCGCCCAGCCCCUCACCCACCUCCUCCACAUCGUCCGCUUCUCCGUCCCCCAACGCGUCCACUCCACCGCCCCAACCCCCAUCGCCCACUCCUUCCCCCUCACCCGUCCCGCCUCCAGCUCCCUCUCCCUCUCCCCCAGUCCCUCCCUCACCAAGCCAGCCCCCUUCCCCAACUCCCUCUCCGCCGCUCCCUCCCUCACCGCCACCAUCCCCACAACCUCCGCCUGCCCCCUCCUGGGAGCGCAUGUUGGAUGCCAUCCUGGAGAGCCCGCUGCAGCGUGCAGGCCGCCCCCUGACAGUCC